GCACUCAACACCGGCACAGAACUCUGUUAGCAGGGAAGACUGAGGUAGUUGGAGAGAGAGAGGUUUGGAGAGGUAUUGUGCAGAUGAAGAGAGAAAAGUUUGGAUGAGAAGAAAAAAAACAAGAAACAAAUAGUAAAAAAGUUGAAGAGGAGAAAGAGAAAAAAGAAGAAGAAAAAGCGAGGAUUUGAAAAGUAAGCUGUGGCGAGUGAACUAACAAUGGGCUCCCCAGUGCGCUGUGCUGCUGCUGUAGUUGUCUCACUACUGGGUCUCCUCUACUAUAGUCCCCCUGUAUGGGGCCAGGAGCUACAGGAGAGGGACGCUCUGUGCAAUGAGGACGGCUGCUUCGUGGUCUACUUCCAGCGCAAGACCUUCCUGGACUCCUGGAGGAGCUGCAAGGAGAAGGGAGGCAACCUGGCCACAGUCAAACUCCAAGAGGGGGCUGACACUAUCGCUGCUCUCUUCUCCAGCGUGGAGCUACGGGGCCUCAGAACCAAGGUCCGGGUGUGGAUUGGUCUCCAGAGACAGCCUCGCCAGUGUACCGCCUCUCGCCCUCUCCGUGGGUUCUCCUGGAUUACGGGUGACCAGGAUACCCAGUACACCAACUGGCUGAGGGACGACUCCCCCAGUACCUGUUCGGCCCCGCGCUGUGUGGUUAUGACCUAUGGCACAGCCGCCCACGAGCAGCAUGAUAAUUUUAAAUGGCUGGACGGCUCGUGUUCGGUGCCCGUGGAUGGCUACUUGUGCCACUACACCUACAAGGGCAUGUGCCCGGCUAUUUGGAGCGAGGGGGGCGGCAAUGCCCUCUAUAGUACCCCCUUCAGUCUCCUCAGUAGCCUUCUUACCCACGUGCCCUUUGGAUCUGUAGCUACGGUGCCCUGCCCGGGGGGCACCAAGGAGGAGCAGUCAGUGCUGUGUGUGCUGAGGGAGGAUGGCACUGUGGGGUGGUCCAGGGAGAUGCCCCUCUGCUCCGACACCACAGAGAAGAGCUGGUGUGAUCGGGACAAUGGGGGCUGCGAGCAUUUCUGCCAGGAGGCCAGGGAACACUACUACUGUGAGUGCUCGGACGGCUUUCAGCUCGCUGACGACGGGCAGACAUGUGUUGCUGUCGACCCGUGCCACAGUGCCCCCUGUGAGUUCGAAUGCCUUCCGCUGCCGGACGGCUACCGCUGUGCCUGCCCCGAAGGAUACAUGCUGGACCCGGAUGAGCGUGGUUGCCUGGAUGUAGAUGAGUGCCUGCAGAGUCCCUGCGAGCAGCUGUGCGUCAACGCCCCGGGAACCUUUGAGUGCCGCUGCCGACAGGGCUACCGGACGGACCAGGAGGGCGACUGUGAGGACGUGGACGAGUGCAUGGAUGACCCCUGUGAGCACGCCUGCGAGAACACGCCUGGCUCCCACAUCUGCCACUGCCACCUGGGCUUCUCCCCCCUGCCCGAGGACCCCUCCCACUGCCAGGACACCGACGAGUGUCAGAUCCCUGGGACAUGUCAGCAGAUGUGUGUGAACUACGAGGGGGGCUUCGAGUGUUACUGCGAGGUGGGCUACGAGCUACUCUCUGACCAAUUCUCCUGCAGGAAGAUAGGAGAGGACUCACCCACCGCAGUCACGCCCUCGUACCCCUGGGUCACCGGCCAACCUGGUUCCAAGUGGGACCCCCAGCAGACCUACACCGACUGGCCCCUGGAGGAGGAAGAGUCCCUGGACUGGCUCACAGACCCUCCCAGGCUGGAAAGUGACAUCAUCUGGGUCACCAGCGCACCCCAGGAGGAGCCAGUCCUAAACCACAACCCAUUCCUGCCCUUCCCCACGGAAGAGCCUGAGGAGGAGGAAGAGGAGGAGGAGGAGGAAGAAGAGGAGGAGUAUACACCUGGUUGGGACAUCAUGAAUUGGAAUGUCCCAGCCAAGGUCCAGCCAGAGUUGGAACCCACGCCCAGUCUCUCUCCCAGCCCCACAUCCGACACAAUCCCCACCCCAACACCCACAUCUGACAGGUAUUGGUUUGAGGAGGAUGAGGAGACCACUACCAGUCCCUCAGUCCUCCCCACCUCCACUAUCUCGGGAGGGGCCUGGAACUGGUUCUGGAUCAGUUCCACCCCCACCAGCCAGGACCAAGGACUUACGAUGUGGCAGGAGCCAAUCACUGACCAGUAUGUCCCCGCAUCCAACUUUGGUGAAGCUGAUGAGAAUGAGGAAGUGGGGGUAACUGACGAUGGGUGGGUGACAUCCCUCCCAGAGAUGGACCAGGACCCAGGCCAGCACACCCCCCCCCUGCCUUUUCCCCUGGCUCCUCAAACCCCCCUCACACCCAACCAGGGAGUGGUGGAGGUGGAGAGGGAGGAUGAGAGGCAGCCGCCCCAGGAGGAUGUGUUGGAGGUGGAGGGGGAGGAUGAGAGGGGGCCGCCCCAGGAGGACGUGGUGGAGGGGGAGGAUGAGAGGGAGCCGCCCCAGGAGGAUGUGGAUGAGAGGGAGCCGCCCCAGGAGGACGUGGUGGAGGUGGAGGGGGAGGAUGAGAGGGGGCCGCUCCAGGAGGACGUGGUGGGGGUGGAGGGGGAGGAUGAGAGGGAGCCGCCCCAGGAGGAUGUGGUGGAGGUGGAGGGGGAGCCGCCCCAGGAGGAUGAGAGUAUCCAGAAGCAGGAUGGUGCCAACUGGCUGCUGGUAGGCCUCCUGGUGCCCCUUUGUAUCUUCAUCGUGGUGAUGGUGGCACUGGGCAUCGUCUACUGUACCCGUUGCGCUGUCACGCCACGCAAUAAGUCCGCCACCGACUGCUACCAUUGGAUCUCCGGGGCGCACGACAAGCAGGGCGCGCUCAAUCCCAGCAAGGGGAUGCAGUCACAUGUUUAAACAGACAAAAUGAGGAAAGACUUGUAGAUAAAUAAACUGGUUUUAUAAAUAAGAGGAGAGGAUAUGAAGAAGGUAAGAGAGGACUUGGGUGGUUGUUUUAUUGAAUGCGACUCUGUGAAACACUUGGAUGUUUCUGUGGAAUAUCGGUUGAAAGAGAAAAGAGAAGAAACAGGAAGCAAUACAACAACAAAAAACACGGAUCCUUUUCUUGGGAUGAUUUGACAUUAUUGUUGCUUACGCAGAUCUCACAGGACAAGGUAUAUGAUCCCUAUAUGAUUGCACUAUAGGGUCAUAAUAGAAACCAUCUAUUGGGGUUGAAUACGUCAUCUGGUUAUAGUUACAGAUGCUGUGGGUAUACACUGUUAAUGUAUUACCAGUGCCAUCUGAAAACCUAAGCCAAAGAACUAUACUGUAGCCUAUAGCAUUUUUUUGUUGUCGAUGAAAUCUGGGUGUCUGCACCUUUCAAACAAAUGCUCAGGUUUUGAGCUCAUUCCCCAAAGUGUGGUGUCACAAACGACUGUUUUUUGUCCACUUUGUCAUAGAAGCAGGUUCUUAUUUACCUCAGAAGUUGUUGAAUGAAGGCGGUUGUGAUUCACGCCCCUUUGCAGGACAGCAGACAUUUCAGCAGUUGAACCAAACUAUACAAGCAUGACUGUCAUGACCCUGUUGACUGUCACAAUGCUGUUGACUGUCACGACGCUGUUGACUGUCACGACGCUGUUGACUGUCACGACCCUGUUGACUGUCACGACGCUGUUGACUGUCACGACGCUGUUGAUUGUCACGACGCUGUUGACUGUCAUGACGCUGUUGACUGUCACGACACUGUUGACUGUCACGACGCUGUUGACUGUCACGACCCUGUUGACUGUCACGACGCUGUUGACUGUCACGACGCUGUUGACUGUCACGACGCUGUUGACUGUCAUGACGCUGUUGACUGUCACGACGCUGUUGACUGUCACGACGCUGUUGACUGUCACGACGCUGUUGACUGUCAUGACGCUGUUGACUGUCACGACGCUGUUGACUGUCACGACCCUGUUGACUGUCACGACGCUGUUGACUGUCACGACGCUGUUGACUGUCACGACGCUGUUGACUGUCACGGCGCUGUUGACUGUCACGACGCUGUUGACUGUCACGACGCUGUUGACUGUCAUGACGCUGUUGACUGUCACGACACUGUUGACUGUCACGACGCUGUUGACUGUCACGACGCUGUUGACUGUCACGACGCUGUUGACUGUCACGGCGCUGUUGACUGUCACGACGCUGUUGACUGUCACGACGCUGUUGACUGUCAUGACGCUGUUGACUGUCACGACACUGUUGACUGUCACGACGCUGUUGACUGUCACAACGCUGUUGACUGUCACGACGCUGUUGACUGUCACGACGCUGUUGACUGUCACGACGCUGUUGACUGUCACGACGCUGUUGACUGUCACGACGCUGUUGAGAAGAAGCAGUCACUCGGAUAUUACUUUUACGCUUCUGCUUUUUUAAGUACCGGAACAAAUCAAUUCACACCACAGACCAAAUGAGUUUUAUACAGUACGCGUGUAUAUAUGUGCUUGAUUGAUUGUUUUUGUGUAUGUAUAGUUUGUAGCAAUGACUUUUCCAGACAAUGUGUUAGUGUCAUGAUUCCUGAUUCAACGAAGUGCCUUUUGUUUCAUAUUGACCACAGAACUCUUAGUAAUUCCAAGGAAUGUCUCUCUGUCUAAGGGGGAUGGUUCCUUCCAUUCAACUCCAAUUAAACGAACUAUCUCACCCAUUCUCCUCGUGAAGGUUUGAGUGCAGAUGGAAGAUGUGUUUGCAUUACAGACUACAAGGACUGUAAUGGGGGGGGUCACAGGCUCCCGAUUGACUUUACCAUUGGCCUUUUCAGUGAACUCGUGAUCUUUCAAUCGCUCCCCAAUCCCAUGUCACAUACUGUAAGUGUUCAGCACGCCCCACUCCCUCUUGUCACAGGCCUGACCUGAGCUUUCUAUGAACUUCCUUAAUAGCCAUGAUGGGACAAUACCAACAUUAACAGUUUGGAGUCAAUGCACCCUCUAGCAACUUUGACAGUAACUGCAGUCCCCAUUCAAAGGAUGGCUUGCACUUGUAAAUGACAGACUAUCAGAAAUGACAAACAAUGGAAUCAAUCUAAGAUGUGCCUUCUGAUCUAAGGACUGUGAAAUGCUUUUUUAAAUGUUUUUUGUUACCCGUUAGGUUUUAAGUAAUUGUUAAUUAAAAUGAUAUGAUAAGGGUUCUAUCAAUA